AUGGCACCUCCAAGCGGAGCGGCCUUGUACAAUAAGAGAGAUGGCACCCUGACCAUGGCCCAGGAUGAGCAAUCCAUCUCCUGGAUUCCUGCGGCAGGAGGUGCCACGGGCACGCUCACCAUCUCCGUGGCAAAUAUUACCAACCUACAGCAAACUCCUGCCAGUGCUAAAAAAGUGAUGCUGAAGAUCUUUGUCCAAUCACCCAAUGCCCCGCCCAAUACCAACGAGACCUAUAUUUUCCAAUUCACAGCCGGAGAAAACGCGCGUCCACAGGCUGAUGCGAUCAAAGAUGCACUUAGCACCCGGAUCAAUGCGGUCAAGGCUGGGACUCCUUCGCAGACACCAGUCCCCGGUGGAGGAGGAGGAGGAGGAGGCAUGUCAGCAGCGAUGGCUAUUGCAAAUGCUGUUUCCUCGGCAGGAGCAUCCAAAAACCCAUGGGACGAUGAUAACCGGCUGCGGGCGGACGUGGAGCUGCAGCAGUCUCUGCUAAAAACCGACCCAACGCUCAAGAGCAUGUUCAUGGAAUCAUUGGCCACGAAACCGGAUAGCCUGAGCGCCGCGCAAUUCAUGUCGCAGUUCUGGUCGACGCGGCUACAUCUCCUGCGCGCCCAUGCCAUCGAGCGCGGCCAGACCCGCGGCUCGUACAAUGUGCUCUCGACGCUGAAGCCGCGCGUGGAGGACAACGUGACUCGCUUGAAUAUCAGCAAGGAGCAGAUUCAGUUAAUCUUCACGCAACACCCGCUCGUCAAGCGGGUCUACGAUGACAAUGUCCCCAAGCUGACCGAACAGCAGUUUUGGUCGCGGUUCUUUCAGAGUCGGCUGUUUAAGAAACUGCGGGGGGAGCGUAUCUCUGAGGCAGAUGCUACCGAUCUCGUGCUAGAUAAAUAUCUCCGUGCGGACGAGGAGGCUGAGCCGGAGCGCGAAGCGGGUAUUCAUGGCUUUUUGAAUCUGGCUGGAAAUGAGGUCAACAACAGCCAGCGUCGUGGGAAUCGACCCGAUCUGGACAUGCGGCCUUCCGGCAUGGAUAAAGUGCCCAUUAUACGCACACUGAACAAUCUCAGUGAGAAGAUCAUGGCGAAUGUUGCUCCAGCGGACGGAGACCCGAAUGCGCCCGCGGGCUUGGAUGAGGAAACCUGGAAUCAGCUGCAAUUACAGGAUCUGCGAGGCGACGAAGCGCAGGACCGGGUUACCUUGAAUAUUCGCGACCAGAGCCAAUUUUUCUCACAGGCCCAAGAGGAAGAACAGGACCGACAAUUCGCGCAGCAGGACCCAAACCAGAUCCUGCAGGCUCUCCGCACGGAUAUCGAGCAUAGUCUCCCCUUGGGCGGCACAACCCAACUCCACAAGCUCGUCGACGGCGACGACGAAGACGAGGAGAUGGAAGAAGUGUCCGCCAGCAGGAAAUCCACCCAGGAAGCAUUCGCCCAGAUCCUAGAAGCAGUCCGCGAGCGACGCACCCAGACAUCAGAGGCCUCCGCCUCCGAGACGUACGGACUAUCCCAGGCGAUGUACGACCGGCUAACAUUAACACACGCAACUUCUACCGAAUUCCUGCACCAAUUCUGGCAGGCCUUUUUAUCAGGCAACCCCGACCGCGCGGGCGAAGUCACCUCGCUAGCGGAGUCGCUCCGGCGUGCAGAAGAGCGCAUCCACGCCGUGGAACGCGACGCCGAGGCGGAGCGCCAGGUUCAGUGUGAGCAGAUCAAGCAAAAGGUGCUGCAGGUGGUGCAGAGCACAGGCCGGAAACCGAACCAGAAGGAUUUAAAUGCUAGGAUGAAUGCUGUGCCCGGUGGCGGGAAGGUCGUCACGAACUUGCUGAAACCGACCUUGGAGGCGCUCAAGCAUGCCGGGCAGGAGUAUCAGAUGGCGUUGGCGGAGGCUAAGGGAAAAGAAAUGGCAUUAUAG